GGAAGAAGAUAGCCGGGAGCAGCGAAAAGGUUGUGGAACUUGCUUUCUCCCUUUGCUGAGCCGCAGGCCCCCAAAAACGUCUUUCCUUGUGCGUGUCCUUGUGAACGGCCGGAGGCGGUCCAUAGUAUUUGAAGGGGACAGGUCGUGCCCCCCGCCCUCGCUUUCAAACCCACCGCAAACCCUUUCGCAAUCGCAAUCCCACUCCCACACUCUCCAAACCCUCAACCUAGAACAUCAAACAAAAUGGCUGGACUUAUUGCUACCGCUACUGAGACCGUGACCUCUACCGUGCAGAGCGUCGCUACCGUCGUCGACCCCUACGUUCCCCAGGUUGCGAAGAACGUCGCAAAUUACGCUCUUGGUACCGCCGUAGCCGCUAAGGACUACGCUGCUUCUACCGCGACGUCUGCUACCGACCGCGCCUAUGCCGCCAAGGACUACGCCGUUGGCACCGCCGUGUCAACGAAGGACCGUGCCGUUGGAACUGUCAACGCUACCACCAACUUCGCUUCCAGCAAGGUCUACGAGGCCAUCGACUUUGGAAAGGUUGUUGUGACCGGCGCCACCACCACGGUCACCGCGUACACCCCCUCCCCCAUCCUCAACCUUGUUCAGGGAACCGUCGACCAGGCCAAGUCUCUCCACGCUGACCCCGUCGGCACCGUCAAGAACUACGUCCCGACCUUCGUCAUCCACGCUGGAGAGAAGACCUACGAGAUCGUUCACAACACCAAGGAGAGGGCCGUCGGCACUGCCAACGCCACCACAGGAUUUGUGGUUACCAAGGUCAACGGAGUCGUGUCAUCCGUGACUUCCAUUCCCCAAAUUCACAACUUGAUUGAGCAGCUCAACAAGCUCACCGCCCCUGUCCUCGCCAAGCUAGGCGUGUCCAAGUCCCACAACGUUGUCGCUGUCCCCGUCGCCUCCGUUGACGCCCCCGUCGCUCACUAAAGCUCGCUUCUCAUAUACACAAGCCCCGAGAGUUUCCUCUCGCCAUCUAUAUAGUAGAUUAGCCUCAUUUAAUUCCCUUGAGACUGACGACCUUGGACUUUCGUCUGAAUCGUCCUCUCCAUAAUUGUACACUAUUUUUAUCAUACCUGAUUUUUGUUACCAAUAUACUCAUCACAAAAGCAUUCUUCUUC